AUGGAUGGACGUCCCUCCCGAGGCGCUAUCGCUUCCGAGAACAAGGUAGCCUCAGCCAUCGGCGCUCAAAUACUACGUGAAGGAGGAAGCGCUGUAGACGCCGCAAUCGCAACUACACUCGCUGUUGGCACUCUCUGCUCGGAUAACUCAGGCAUUGGCGGGGGCGGCUUCGCCCUUAUCAGGACGCCUAAGGGCGACCACGAGAGUCUCAACUUCCGUCCAGCAGCGCCUGCCGCUGUGACCUCGAAGAUGUACCUCGAUAAGCCCGGGGCUAGCGCGGUCGGCGGACUUGCAGUCGCAGUUCCAGGAGAGCUUCGCGGCUUUGAGGCGAUGCAUAAGAAGUACGGAAAGCUACCUUGGUCGCACCUCUUUGAGCCAAGUAUCAAGCUUGCACGGAAUGGAUUCCCACUCACGGAGGAUAUGGCUCGUGUCGUCAACAUCAAGACGCGCGCCCCUGACUCCGACAACCCCAAGUCGUCCUGGGUAUAUUCACACCCAACGCUCUCGCAAUGGCUGACCCGGGAUGGCGAACUUCUUCCUAUCGGUACCCUGCUGACUCGGCCAUCAUACGCCAACACGCUCGAGACGAUAGCCAGAGAGGGCGCAGCUGCCUUUUACACAGGCGAAAUUGCACAUGGCAUCGUCGAUGCUGUCCAGGCAGAGGGUGGCGUGAUGACGCUGGAAGACCUGCGGGCGUAUGAAGUACGGAGGGUUGAACCUCUGAGCGUGCAAUUUCGGGGACACAAAGUCACCUCGGUUGGAGCGCCUGCAAGCGGCGCUGUGGUGCUCGCUGCACUCAAUAUUCUGAACAAUUUCGACGAUGUUGGCGGCCCCAGCACCGUGAAGGACGCGCAUCGGAUGAUAGAGAGCUUGAAGCACGCAUUCGCUCACCGUACCUUGCUUGGCGACCCGAUGUUCGUGCCCGGUUUGGACGCAGCCCAACGCGAAUUCAUUUCUCCCGAGCGGGGGCGGAUGCUUUGGGCAAAGAUAAAUGAUGCAAAGGUGCACGCGCCGUCUGAAUACAAAGCGGAAGGAUUCCAGACGGUCAAGACUGACGGUCGCAUCGAGGUCAAGAUGGACAACGGAACAAGCCACAUCGUCGCAGCCGAUGCCAGCGGGCUUGUCGUGUCCUUAACGACCACUAUCACUCUCUUUUGGGGCUCGCGUAUCAUCGUCCCAUCCUCGGGAAUCGUGCUCAACGAUUCCAUGGAGGACUUCAGCGUCGAAGGCGUAUCGAAUUUUUGGGGCUACCUACCCACGCCCGCGAACUACAUCGAAGGCAACAAACGCCCGCUAUCUUCCACCUCACCUUUCAUUAUCGAAGACGCCCAAGGCCGCUUCCGAUACGCAGGGGGCGCGGCUGGCGGGAGUAGGAUCGUGAGCUGCAAUGUGCAGCAUAUUCGAAAUGUGCUGGACUACAACAUGGACCCUGCCGAAGCGCUCGCAUAUCCUCGUCUGCACGACCAGAUUGCACCCCAGGAGACGCAUCUGGAGGAGGGAUGGGAUCGAGAGGUGGCCGCGGAGUUGGAGAGAUUGGGUCAUAAUGUGAAGUGGUUGCCAGUUGCGGCCUCGACGGCCUGCGGGGUCUCAUACAACUCGGACAUCGAUGAGUGGAAGGCCGCGGGCGAGCCACGGAGGAAGGUGGCAGGAGGAGAGGUCGUGUAG